AUGUAACAUAUCCGGCUUACUUGCGGCCGUACGUUUAAAUUCCCGGUCCUUUGUAGUUUUAAACUUUGAGAACAAAUUCUAAAGUGAGUGUAGAAGCGUACUUUGUAAACUGACCCGGAGAGAGAGCAUGUCGUCUUUUCAGACGCAAAUAGCUUCCAUCAUGGAGAUCUUGGUCAAUGCGGCCUUGGCUGAAAUGAGGAAAGUUGUGAAUGAAGGGUUUGGCGUGUUACAUCUCGAAAGGUGUCAGCAUCACAAUGAAAACAAAACGCAGAAAGGGGAAUUGCCAUUGAUGGAAAACGAAGUUAGAGAUUCUUUAGAAACCGUAAGCGAAUUAAGAAUGACCCAGUUAGCCUCUAUAAUGGGUAUUCUGGCUCAGGAGGCAGUAAACAAAAUUUGCAGUCUUUUCAGCAAAGACUCUGCCAUGGUACUUUUCGAAGUGACAGAGACACAAAAUGAAAAUGAAAUGGUGAAGACGAAAGUACAGACGAUGGAUCAGGGGUUGAGGAUUGUGCAAGGAAGUGCGGAGGAAGUCGAAAAAUGUGUAAACAGCCUUUCUGUCGGAAUUCAUGUUGGCAGUGAAUUAAGACCAGCAAUAACAGAGAGGGAAGGUUCUCCCAUCAUCAGUGGGAACAAAGACACUGAGUCUUUACAGGUGGAGGAAGAAAAUAGUACUUUUCAGACUGUUGUCAUGAUGGAUGAGUUUGGGGAGGUGAAGGACAGGAUUGAGUCCAUUAUCAUCAAAGAGGAGGGGCUUGAGGAAUGUUUGGAAAGUGGUGUUCCAGAUGAAGGUUUGAAUAUCAGUGUGGAGGGAGUUGUUGAACUUUGUACUGAGGAGAGACAUCCGAUUGAUCAUCAAGAGGGCGAGGAGGGUUCCAGUGUUAGCCCAAGCCUAGCCGAGGGAGAGCAUGUAGAGUUUUUAUCUACGCACUCAUAUUUCAGUAUUAGAAAACCCCUUGGUGGUAAGGAUACCCAGAAAUCAAAGAACAGCCUAAAAAUGGGAGCCAGAGCUGAAAGGGGAAAGAAACAGUACAACUGCACACACUGUAGGAAGAGCUUCGGGAGGCUAAUUGAUCUUAAAGCGCAUCGGAUUAUUCAUGCGGCAGAGAAGCCAUUCACCUGCACCCAGUGUGGGAAGAGUUUUGCCCUGAAACGGAGCCUUAAAAUGCAUUUCUUAAUUCACACAGGAGAGAAACCGUUCAGUUGUAUCGAAUGUGGAAAGUGCUUCAAUCAGAAAAGCCUGCUGAAACAACACCAGAGUAUUCACAAAGGUGAGAGAUUGUUUAGUUGUGAUAUCUGUGGUAAGCGUUUCAAUCGUGCUUAUGGGCUGAAAAAACACCAAAUAGUCCACACAGGAGAAAGAGCAUUCCGGUGUGAGAUAUGUGGGAAGAGUUUCAGUAUCGCAGGUAAUCUGCAUAGACACAAGCGCAUUCACACAGGUGACAAACCAUUUACCUGUCCUACGUGCGGGAAGAGUUUCAACCAGAGUAAUACUCUUAAAGCCCACCAGCGAAUUCACACAGGAGAGAAACCGUACAGUUGUAUAACAUGCGGGCAAAGUUUCAAUCAGAAAAGUAGAGUUAAAAUACAUCAGCGAAUUCAUGCAGAGCAGGUGUCUGGCAGUUGUAGUUGUGUUGUUUGUGGAGUUAGUUUUGGUUCCAUGCGAUCUCUUAAAGCACAUCAGCAGGUUCAUGCAGGUGAGAAGCCAUACAAGUGUGCUGUGUGUGGAAAGUCUCUAAUAUCUACAAACUCCCUUAAAAUGCAUCAGCAGAUUCAUACUGGGGAAAAGCCAUACAGUUGUACUGUAUGUGGAAAGGGGUUUAGGGUUGCCAGUUAUCUAAAAAUACAUGAACAAAUCCACUCUGGGCAGAAAUCUUUUAGCUGCAAUCAGUGUGGCAAGAGUUUUACUCAACAAAGUAGUCUAAAGACACAUCAAAAUGUUCACACGGGAGAGAAGCCAUUUAGCUGUGAUAUCUGUGGGAAGAGUUUUAGCAUUCUAGGCAAUCUAACUAGACACCAACGAAUUCAUACAGGGGAAAAACCAUUUAGUUGUACUCUUUGUGGCAAGAGUUUUAAUCAGGGCAACAGUCUAAAAGCCCAUCAGCAAAUUCACACAGGAGAGAAACCAUAUAUGUGUGACAAAUGUGGAAAGAGUUUUUCCUACUUAAGAAACCUUAAGGAACACAAGUGCCUUUAUAGUUAACUUUUGUACAUUACAUGGGAGAUGUUUGUUGGCCAGUUGGUUCAUUUGAAAGGCACCACCGAGCUUAAACACGGAAUUGCUUUGUGUGCUAAAUAGAUGGGUUCUGUAUGUUUGAAAUGAAGCAUUUUUGUUGUGCAGAAUCACAUUAAUAUUAAUCCACAGCAACCAAAGUAGUGUGACAUUCCCAGAGUGUCAGAUUUGAGUGGAGGGUUCUGUAAGUGACGACCCAUGAAUUGUACUGAGCACGUCAUUUUCAAGACAGGCUUUCAGCUGAUAUUCCAUUGAUCAUCUGCAAUGGAAGUUUCUGUUCAUUGAUGUAAUAAAGCAUUUUCAUACAUUUGGUAGAAA